GAUACCUCUUAACGUAUAUAUUUUAUUUAUUUGUUGUAUCUAAUCGUACUUUGUGUAGUAUCCAGAUAAGUUAGUACGCCGGCAAUUUUUAGUCAGACAGACAUUAAACAUUAACAAUGAACAAAGAUUUAGCCACCGAUUCACAAGAUGACUUGACGAAGGAAAAAGCAAAACUGGAGAAAACAGCCCCAACAGACAGAUGGUUUUUAGUCCACAUUCUCUUUUUCAUGUUGGGCUUGCUUCAUUUCAUGCCGUACACAUAUUUCACAUGUGCAUUAGAGUACUGGAUGUACAAAUUUCGUGACACGGAUAAAGUUAACUGGACGAACUCAGAUCCACGGAACACGUUGCAAAGUCAAUUCGCAGCCUCCACUCAAAUCUCUUCUUCCAUUCCUUCGGUAUUGUUCCUUGGACUUACGACUAUUUAUGGGAACAUGUUUAAAGUUAAAAUUCGCAUGUAUGGCACUCUGUUUAUCCUUUUGGCAGCCUUUGCAAUGUUUACGGCCUUCAUUCAAAUAAAUACAGAUUCAUGGCAAACUGGAUUCUUCAUUUUAACCAUGAUAACCAUAGCAAUCAUAACAGUUGCUAACUCAGUUCUGGGCAUCACUCUAUUUGCUCUCAUAGCAAAAUUCCCGGAUAUAUAUUUAAAAACUUACUUAACCGGGAACUCGAUAUCGGGAGUGUGCAACUCCUUGCUUCAAAUUGCCUCAAUGGCAUUCGGGGCUGAUAUAAAAACGUCUGCGUUAAUUUAUUUCAUAACAGGCACCGUUAUUGUGGUCGUGUCAACUGCCAUUUACCUCACGGUUCAACAUUUAAACUUUUACAAGCAUUUCAUGGGAAAUUUUGGGGACGAAAAUGUGGAGAAUCGACAGUCCGAAUCUUUUAGAGGGAUGUGGCGGACGUUCAAGGAAACGUGGGCGGCGAACGCCGUUUUCCUCUUGAUUACUCUGACUGGUUUGGUCAAUCCAACCAUAACAGCACUUGUAGUAUCGGAAGAUGAGAGUGGAAGUGACUGGGCAACCAAGUACUUUGUUCCUACUUGCACGUUCUUACUUUUCGAUAUUGGUGAUCUUAUUGGACGGGCACUUUGUUACAUCAAAAUAAAAUACAAUGACAUUGUUGUGACUGUGAUAAAUGUGAUAAGAUUGUUUACGAUUUUUCCUCUGAUAAUGUUGUGCAGAACUGAACCGAGGAAUCAUCUUCCAAUUUUAUUCCCCCACGAUUAUCAGUAUAUGAUUUUGAUGUUAACUUAUUCGAUUUCCGCUGGAUAUUUUUUUAACGUUGCUUAUAUAAUGAUACAAAACAAAUUACCUCCUUCAAGGGUCCAGUUUGGAUAUUCGGUUUUGACUACAGGUUAUGGGGUUAUUAGUGCAUUGUUCUCAGUUGCUGGUUAUUUUUUAGUUUAUUUAUUGUAAUUAAAGUAUGUUUUUCUUGCGUUUUAUUUAAAUUCCGCGGAGUAACGUAGACUGAAUUGCCUAUUAUACUUGUAUAUAGAGUGGCGACAUCUCUCCUUUGACAUCUGUCUUAAUUAUCGAAUAUCAAUAAAAUUUGACACAAUAUCAAAAAGCUAUGAAUUUUUAUCAAUAAUUUAAUAAAUUACGGUAAUUUUUGCAACAACUGUCAAAAUAUAAAUACGUUUAUGUUUUUUAAUUGUAAUGAUGGAACGCGACGAAUCUGAGCUUCAAUUUGAGGUGGCACGAAAAAAAGAAGAAUUGAUCAGAACUGCUCCUAAUGAUACAUUUUUCUUAGUCCACAUCCUCUUCUUUAUGUUAGGUUUGCUCCAUUUCAUGCCGUAUAAUUACUUUACAUGUGCCUUUAAUUAUUGGAUGUAUAAAUUUCGAGACACCGAAGAUGAAGACUGGACACCUACACACCCGAAAAACAUUCUGCAAAGUGAAUUUGCGGCUUCAACACAAAUAUGUUCUGCAAUCCCAUCCGUUUUGUUUCUUACUCUCACAACUAUAUACGGAAAUAUGGUCAAAGUUCAAAUCAGAAUGUAUGGCAGUUUAGCAACGCUUCUGGUAAUGUUCAUAAUGUUCACCAUUUUGAUCGAAGUGAACACGGACUCAUGGCAGGUCGGCUUUUUCGUUCUGACCAUGUUCUCUAUCGUAUUGAUAACAAUUGCGAAUUCGGUGAUGGGGAUAACUUUGUUUCUAUUCAUUGCGAAAUUCCCGAACAUAUAUUUGAAGAGUUACCUCUUAGGCAACGCCGUAGCUGGACUCUGCAACUCGCUGCUCGAAGUGUUAGCGUUGUCAAUUGGGACGACUGUGCACGAAAGCGCAUUAAUUUAUUUCUUGACGGGGACAAGUUUUGUGGCGGUAUCGAUAUUAUUUUACGUCGUGGGACAGCAGUUGGAGUACUUUAAGCAUUUUGUGGGAAAUAUUGCCGACGAAAAAGUGGCGAAAAGACCUGUUCAUUUUAAUGAAAUGAAAGAGAUAUUGAAAGAGACAUGGGCGGCAAAUACUGUUUUCGUCUUGGUCACACUUACGGGCAUGGUUAAUCCUGCCGUAACUGCGCUUGUAGUGUCCGAAGACGAGAGUGACAGUGAAUGGGCGACUGAGUACUUUGUUCCGGUUUGUACCUUCCUGAUGUUCGACAUUGGAGACCUUCUAGGAAGGUCUUUUAGCUAUAUAAAAAUUAAAUACAAUAACAUUGUUGUGGUUAUAAUUAAUGUGAUAAGAUUCUUUGUCGUUUUCGUGUUAAUAAUGUUAUGCAGAACGGAACCAAGAAAACAUUUACCUAUUGUAUUCAAGCAUGAUUAUCAGUACAUAAUUAUAAUGUUAAUUUAUGCAACUACUGCCGGAUAUUUCUUUAAUUUUGCCUACAUAAUGGUCCAGGACACUUUGACAGCAUCAAAGGUACAAUUAGGAUAUUCGGUUUUAACGACAGGAUAUGGAAUCGUCAGUGCAGUAUUUUCAAUUGUCGCUUGGUUUUUGGUGUAUAUGUUAUAAAUGUGAGGAGUUGCAUAACGUUGAUGCCCAUAAUGUCACGCCAUCUACCAUCUUGUUCAUAAAAGAAUACUGAAUCUCCUAGACGUCCUUAUUCAAAAAUUGUUUCAAACCAGUAGUAACUGAAAAAUUAGUUUUAACAAGCUAAAAUUCUAUUAUUAUAAAAUUUUAUCAUAAUCUUGAGAAUAAACUUAAGAGAUAAUCA